UCCCACCAUCCCUAUGAGCUUUGAGACAACGCUGAUUUUGCCUGGGCGGUGAUGACGUCACUCAGCUAGGCAGUGUGGGUUGUGCCGAAGGUAGGGAGACUGGCUGCCGACUAGCAGCAGACUUUCUGGGCCUGCGAGAAGGGCGACUGCGAGUCCAAGGAAUCAAAUCGAACGGAUAAUUCACUACGAAAGUUUCAAAAGCGAAUACAUGCCACAUCAAACCAAAAGGCACACGCUUCACACCGAACCACCGCUUUAUUCGAAUCAUCGGGGUAAAUUUGCAAGGUCUUCUCCCGUGGGCCAGGCUAGCACAACAAGAGCCGAUGAGAACCGACCGCGCUUCCUGCUUCGGCUAACUCGGCUCCAAGACUCACUCAGUCCAAGACGUCAGCCCUGACGGAAAAUACCGGGCUUCACAGUGUGUUGGUUUGCCGAGUUCAGUAGCCUGACUCGAUGAAAGAUGACAGAGGAGGUGAUCGUUAUAGCCAAGUGGGACUACACGGCCCAGCAGGACCAGGAACUUGACAUUCGGAAAAACGAGCGCCUCUGGCUCAUCGACGACUCCAAGACGUGGUGGCGUGUCCGUAACGGCUCCAACAGGACGGGCUACGUGCCAUCCAACUACGUGGAGCGCAAGAACAGCCUGAAGAAGGGUUCGCUGGUCAAGAACCUCAAGGACACACUCGGUCUCGGGAAGACGAAGCGAAAAAACAGCGCCCGCGACACCUCCCCCACGCCAAGCACGGACGCCGAGUACCCGACCAAUGGCAGCGGAGGAGGCAACAGCAUUAGCGGAGGAGGGGGAGGGGGAGGGGGCAGCGGAGCCGAGCGCAUCUACGACCUCAACCUGCCCGCGCUGGUCAAGUUCGCCUACGCGGCCGAGCGGGAGGACGAGCUGACGCUGGUGAAGGGCACGCGCGUGCUGGUCAUGGAGAAGUGCAGCGACGGCUGGUGGCGGGGAAGCUACCUGGGCCAGGUGGGCUGGUUCCCCUCCAACUACGUCCUGGAGGAAGGUGGAGGAGGAGGAGGGGAGGAGUCGCUAGGAGAUCCCCAGGGUGGAGGUGGAGGUGGAGGUGGAGGAUCACAGUGGUCCCAGCAGAAGAUGGGGGGCCUGAGUAAUGGCAACAGUGGCGGUGGGGGUGGGCAUGGUGGUGGUGGUGGUGGUGUUGUGCUCCACAUGGUGCAGACGCUGUACCCCUUCAGCUCGGUGACGGACGAGGAGCUGAACUUUGAGAAGGGCGAGGUGAUGGACGUGGUGGAGAAGCCCGAGGACGACCCGGAGUGGUGGCGCUGCCGCAACGCCCGCGGCCAAGUGGGCCUGGUGCCCAAGAACUACGUGGUGGUGCUGAGCGACGGGCCGGCGCCCUGCGGAACCCUGCCCAAGCCUCCCGCGGGGUCGUCGGGCUCGGGCUCCGGAACAACGGGCACCAUUGGCUCUGGGUCGGUUCUGGAUUCCGGCUACACGGGCCCGGCGCGCACGGGCAAGUUUGCGGGCAAGGACUGGUACUACGGCCGAGUGACGCGGCACCAAGCGGAGUUGGCGCUCAACGAGAGGGGGUUGGAGGGGGACUUCCUGGUACGAGACAGUGAGUCGUCGCCGAGUGACUUCUCGAUAUCGCUGAAGGCGGUGGGCAAGAACAAGCACUUCAAGGUGCAGCUGAGCGAGGGCGUGUACUGCAUUGGCCAGCGGCGCUUCGGGAGCCUGGACGAGCUGGUGGAGCACUACAAGAAAGCCCCCAUCUUCACCAGCGAACAGGGGGACAAGCUUUACCUGGUCAGGCCCCUACUGUGACACACACACACACACACACACACAUAGACCAGACAAGCAAGUAAGCACACGCGCAUACACACACACACACACACACACACACACACACACACACACACACACACACACACACACACACACACACACACAUCGACCAGACAAGCACGCACACGCAUACACACAUACACACACACACACACACAUACACAUACACAGACAAGCAAGUAAGCACACGCGCACACCGCACGCACACACACACACAUACACACACUCACACACACACACAC